AUGGCCCAGUCUGCUCCCGAGCGGGCGAUCAAGUCGCUGCUCGACACCGAUCUGUACAAGCUGACGAUGCAGGCCGCGGUUCUUGACCAUCAUCCGGAUAUCGUGGUCUCGUACACCUUCAGAAACAGAACGCCCGAGAAGAAACUAAACAAAGAAGCCUUCGACUGGGUAUCCGAGCAAGUCAAACUCCUUGGAUCGCUCGCGUUCACAAAAGACGAACUGACCUACCUGCGCUCAAACGUAAAACAGCUACCGGGCCGCUACCUCGCCUUCCUCGAGACCUUCCGGCUGAACCCCGACAAGCAAGUCUUUCUGUCCUACAACCCGGCCACGCAGGAGACGAGCGCGCGGAUCGAGGGUCUAUGGGUCGAGACCAUCCUGUACGAGAUCCCGCUGCUCGCGCUCAUCUCGGAAGCCUACUUCAAGUUCGUCGACACCGACUGGGACUACUCCGGCCAGGAGGCGCGCGCGGAGGAGAAAGCGCUCGAGCUGCUCUCGUUCGGUUGCGCGUUCUCGGAAUUCGGCACCCGCAGACGACGCUCGUUCAAGGCCCAGGAGAUUGUCAUGCGGGGCCUCGUCGCCGGCGAUGUAAAGUACCAAUCGAGCUCAGACGCGAACGUCUCGGCCGGACUUAAAGGAACCUCGAACGUCUACUUUGCGUGGAAGUUUGGAAUCCUGCCCAUCGGCACCGUCGCGCACGAGUGGAUCAUGGGCAUCGCUGCCAUCACGCAGGAUUACUCAAACGCGAACCUGCUCGCGAUGGAGCAGUGGCGCAGCACGAUGGGCGACCGCAACGUCGGCGUCGCGCUCACAGACACCUUCGGCACCGACGCGUUCUUAAAGGUCUUCACGCCAAAGCUCGCGAGUAUAUACAGCGGCGUGCGGCAGGACUCGGGCGACCCGCUUGUGUUUUUGGAGAAAGUGGCGAGGUUUUAUGAUGAGAAGGGGAUCGACAAGUCGAAAAAAGUGAUUGUGUUUAGUGAUUCGUUGGAUGUGGAGUCGUGUAAGAAGUACAAGGCCGCCACAGAUAAGGCAGGCAUGCUCUGUUCAUUCGGAGUCGGCACCUUCUUCACCAGUGAACGACUUCCGCACCCUCUCGCCCCCCACAAAAAAUCCACGCCGCUCAACAUCGUCGUCAAGCUCGCGUCCGCAAACGGCAACCCGGCCGUCAAAAUCAGCGACAAUUUGGGCAAGAACAUGGGCGACAAAGCGACCGUGCAGCGGGUUAAAGAGGAGCUUGGGUAUGUUGAGCGUAAUUGGGCCGGCGGCGAUGAGGAUAAGCGGUGGCAGGAUCCGUCGGCGGCGGCGGCGGCGGCGGCGGAGAGCGGAGCUGUGGCGAGGUGA